AAUAUGCUUUUCCCAAAGCAAGAAAAAGUGAACCCGAAAUCUUUUUCUCCAAAAAGAAGAUUCCAAAACCUAAAGAAUAGUUCAGGAAUGUGAUUGAACAUUGCCCAAACUCACAAAUCCAUCAGCAAAAGUGAAGAGCUAGUGGAAGAAAGAUGGGAUGAGAUGCUGAACUUUAAGCCAGUUGAGAACUGCCUUUGAUUUUCUCUCAAUACUUGAAGAUGCUAAACAAAAACUAGGUUCAAAAGCUCUGGUUUCUCUCCCUGUUCUUCAAUGGGGUUAUUCUACCAUUUCUUGGUCUCUUUUCUAUGCUUAAUAACAACUACUCUCUGCCAAGUUACAGAGUUCAUCAGUAUAGACUGUGGAGGCACAAGUAAUUACACUGAUUCAAGGACAGGGCUGCAGUGGAUUUCAGACGCUGGGGUCAUUAGCUAUGGAAAAUCAGUACAAGUUGAGAAUCCAUAUGGGGGCUGGCUUCAGUAUCAGCAACGCAGAGACUUCCCAACAGAAAGCAAGUAUUGUUACACUCUGAAAACAGAAGAGAGAAGAAGGUACCUAGUCAGGGCCACAUUUCAGUAUGGAAGCUUGGAAAGUGAAGGCACAUACCCGAAAUUUCAGCUCUACUUGGAUGCAACCAAGUGGGCAACUGUCACAGUUUUGGAAUCAGCGAGAGUAUAUGUGAAGGAAAUGAUCAUCAGGGCACCCUCGAGCUCCAUAGACGUUUGUCUCUGCUGUGCUACUACUGGUUCUCCAUUCAUAUCUACUCUUGAGUUGAGACCACUCAACCUUUCAAUGUAUGCCACCGAUUUUGAAGAUGGUUUCUUCUUGAAAGUUUCAGCUAGAGUGAACUUUGGUGCUCCAAGUGAGGACCCCAUAAGGUACCCUGAUGAUCCAUAUGACAGAAUAUGGGAAUCUGAUCUUGUGAAAAGGCAAAAUUAUCUUGUGGGGAUGGCUCCAGGCACAGAAAGAGUCAAUACAUCAAAGCAGAUAGACGUAAGAACAAGGGAGUACCCACCUGUUAAAGUAAUGCAAACUGCAGUUGUUGGCACAAGAGGAAGGCUCAGCUACAGGUUGAACCUGGAAGAUUUCCCAGCCAACGCUCGGGCUUAUGCAUUUUUUGCUGAAAUUGAAGAGUUGGGAGUCAAUGAAACACGGAAAUUCAGAAUGGAGCGACCUUAUUUGCCUGACUAUAGCAAUGCAGUGGUAAAUAUUGCUGAGAAUGCCAAUGGGAGCUACUCUCUUUAUGAGCCUAGUUACAUGAAUGUUACUAUGGAUUUUGUUCUAUCAUUCUCUUUUGUAAAGACCCGAGACUCUACGCGAGGGCCACUCUUAAGUGCAAUUGAGAUAAGUAAAUAUGUGCAGAUUGCCUCAAAGACAGACAAGGGAGAUGUGACUGUUCUGAAUGCCCUUUGCGCCAUUUCUACUGAAAGUGCUUGGUCGAAUGAAGGAGGUGAUCCAUGUGUUCCAGCUCGCUGGUCAUGGGUGGCUUGCAGCCCAACAACCACACCGAGAAUUACAAAAAUUACUUUAUCUGGAAAGAAUCUGAAUGGUGUAAUUCCAUCUGAGCUUAAGAACAUGGAGGGAUUGACAGAAUUGUGGCUGGAUGGAAAUUACCUCACAGGGCCAAUCCCAGACAUGAGUAAUCUUAUCAGUCUGAAAAUUGUGCAUCUAGAGAACAACAGACUGACUGGUCCAUUGCCUUCUUACCUUGGUAGUUUGCCAAGCUUACAAGAACUGCAUGUGCAGAACAACCUUCUUAGUGGAGAAAUACCCCCAGCAUUGUUAACCGGCAAAGUAAUUUUCAACUAUGAAGGUAAUAGCAAACUACACAAAGAGGCACACAAGACACACUUUAAGUUGAUACUUGGAGCUUCAGUUGGACUGCUUGCACUUCUCUUAGUUCUUUGCAUAGGAAGUUUAUUCCUGUUGUGCAAUACUCGAAGAAAGGAAUCGCAAAGCAAGAGUAAUGACAAAGGAAGUUCUUUGCGUACGAGCACGAAGGCUUCUACUUCUUACUCAAUUGCAAGAGGUGGAAAUCUAAUGGAUGAAGGAGUAGCUUGCUACAUUUCACUCUCUGACCUAGAGGAAGCUACUAAAAAUUUUGCAAAGCAAAUUGGCAGAGGAAGCUUUGGACCUGUCUACUAUGGGAAGAUGCCAGAUGGAAAAGAGAUUGCAGUUAAGAUCAUGGCUGAUUCAUCCAGCCAUGGAACCCAGCAGUUUGUAACUGAGGUUGCCCUCUUGUCAAGAAUUCAUCAUAGGAACUUGGUUCCUCUCAUUGGAUACUGUGAGGACGAACACCAACAUCUUCUGGUUUAUGAGUACAUGCACAAUGGAACCCUGCGCAAUCACAUACAUGAUUCUACAAACCAGAAGUGUUUAGACUGGCUUGGUCGUCUUUAUGUUGCAGAAGAUGCAGCUAAAGGUCUUGAAUACUUACACACUGGAUGCAACCCCAGUAUCAUUCACAGAGAUGUAAAGACAAGCAAUAUUCUAUUAGACAUUAAUAUGAGGGCAAAAGUAUCAGAUUUUGGACUUUCAAGGCAAGCUGAAGAAGAUUUAACUCAUGUAUCAAGUGUCGCACGAGGGACUGUAGGCUACCUUGAUCCUGAGUACUAUGCAAAUCAACAGCUGACAGAAAAGAGUGAUGUUUACAGUUUUGGAAUCGUCCUGCUCGAACUGAUCUCUGGAAGAAAGCCAGUUUCACCAGAAGAUUAUGGUGCUGAAUGGAACAUUGUUCAUUGGGCAAGGUCAUUAAUUCGUAAAGGAGAUGUGAUCAGUAUAGUGGAUCCAUUUCUACUAGGAAAUGUCAAAAUUGAGUCCAUUUGGAGGAUUGCUGAGAUUGCAAUACUAUGUGUAGAACAACAUGGAACUUCCAGGCCUAAAAUGCAGGAAAUAAUUUUAGCUAUUCAAGAUGCCAUCAAGAUUGAAAGGGGGAAUGAAGGUGAUCACAAAGCAUGUUCUGGUAGUUCAAAAGGACAAUCUUCGCGCAAAACAUUACUAACAAACUUCCUUGACAUCGAAAGCCCUGACUUAUCAAAUGAUUGCUUAGUCCCUUCUGCAAGAUAAACAUGAUCCCACACCAUCUAUUACUUUGUAUAAGUAGAAAAAUACUGUUAACUUCUCUUUGUGAUAGAUGUUUUGCUUGUAGCUAAUAUGCCAACAGCAGAGAGUAGUAAGUAUAAACUAAGCCCUCUUUCCUUUUUUUCAGUGGUCACAUUAAAUAACAAAGGAAAAGCACACCAUCUUGCUUUGGUUGAA